UGUUGAUGUUGAGUUGGUUUCUUUUUAAUAACAAUUAACCACUCAACCAGAUUAAUUGUAAUCAAAUUUAAUAUUCAAUUUUCUUCCUUGGUUACAGAAAAGUUGAUUACUUGUAUCAUCAAAUUGUUAAUGUGUUAAAGGUUAUAAAUCGUAACAUUGUGAUAAUCAAUUUGUAGAAAAGAAAAUUUUUUUUCUCUUUUUUUUCUAUUCUCUUGUAAUGAACAUCAUCAUCAUCUAUGAUUUUAUAAUUGAUCUGCUCCUGUAGUCUCACACACUCUUCAGCUUAUUUUCACCUUUGGAUUGAACAAUUUAAUCGUUCAUUAAUGGUAAUACUUGACUUGUUCUCUCCCUAUUUCUCCUGUGGUGAUUAUAUCAUAAUUGUUAAUCAAUUUGGUAAAAUGAUUGAUUAUCUAAGCUUUUCCUUUGUCAACAACAACAACAGAAAAUAAUCAUUAUCAUUGUAACAUCAGAAAGCCGGGAUUCUUUUUUUUCCUGUUGAUUGUUUCAAUUUUCCUGAUGAUGAUAAAACAAAAUCAUCGGUGUUAAUAUCAAGCCAAAGUUAUAAUAAUCAGGAUGAUAAUGAAAUUACUUAUUGGAUGAUUGAAACUGUUGGAGAUUUUGAUUUCUAUCAUAAGCUGAAUUUACCAAUUUCUUGAUUCUUAAAUUUUUCUAUCUCAUUGAUUUGGAUCAUUUCAUGGAAAUACAAUUCACCUUGGUUCUGAUUAUGUGAUAAUUAUAUGCAAAAGGCGAUUACAAAAGGACGAAACACUUUUAGUCAUCAUUUUGUUUUGAUUUUUCUUCUUCUCUUCUAUUGUUUUACUUUUCUUCUCAUCUAAAUUGUUUCCUAUUUCAGUGGUGAUCUUUUUUUUUCAUAUCUUCAGCCAUCACAUCAUAGAGGAAUAAUUUAACAUGGGAAGCCAAUUAUUGUCCAUAUUACGACAAGGAGUUUGGGCUAGUCUCACCGGUGGAUGGUAUUAUGACCAGAAGCAAUCACAUUUCUCUAACCUUUUUCACCUUUACAUUUGGUUAUUGUUAUUAUGUCUUCCCUUGGCCAUAGAGCUUUGUGUUAAAAGUUAUCUUUAUCCCUCGGAUCAUGUAAUCAUAUGGUCUCUCUACUGUCUCAUAAUCGCUUCCAUGUUUACACUGAUAAAAUUUGUAAAUGCUUAUCUUCAUCACCUCUUUGACUCAGGUGAAUAUGUUAUUGAAGAAGAGGCCACAAGCCCCAAUGAUGAUGAUGAAGAAGAAGAAGGCAUCACCGAUGGUGCAGAUAAAAUUGAUGAUAAAGAAGGUGAUAAAAGUAGUAUAUGUUAUCAGUCCUUCGAUGAUACCAGUAAAACCCUCAACAUUGAGACUUCAUCGGACACUUCAAAAGCUUGUGAUAUUUUCGUACAUAAUAAUGGUACUGCUGGUCAACAUGAGCACAGUUUAUCCAAUCGUAGUAAUCGAGGUUCAACGGAAAGACCUUUAGUAACAAUUUCUUAUACUCGUAGCUCCGGUAAAUCAGUGAAUAGGACAACAAGUGAUUCAGAUCAUGGGGCAACCACGUCAGGAGCUUCUGUUGUUGUCUACCAAUCUUUGGGGGUUACUGGAGAUCUAACCUCAUCUCCAUCAACAAGUCAAGCAAUGGUUCCUUCAUCGUCAGCUUCAAUUAAGUCAAAUGAUGGACCACCAAGCUAUUUACUAGCCAGAAUCUUAGCAACACCCGGAACCCAUUUAGCCAAGAGUAAUGAUGAUAAUUCUUCCGGUGCUGUUCAUUUUUUUCAGGAUGAAUGUGGUAAUUGGUUAACAUACAUUUUCGAUGAAAAUAGUGACGGAACAGCUAAAGGAUUGAUGUCCAAUGAUAACAAACCUUAUUUCUCUGACCCUGUCCCUUCAGCCUCAGGCAUUUCCUCGGUGAAAAGGUCAAAUGUUGAUAAAUGGGCAUCUGAUUCAUCUAAAUCUUCAAAAUCAUCUGAUUCAUUAACUGUGAUGGGAAACACUCAUCCCGAAAAUAGUCCUAAAGACAAUACUCAACACCAGCGGCUCGCAAUAGGAGAAAAAUGCUCAAUUACUAAUACCUUUUCUCCACAAUUGGAAACACAAUUCUUAAGAUCACCGAGUAUCAAUUCAAUGUUUACAGAGCCAAAUGCAAUCUCAUUCCCUAUGUCUAUUAACCCGCGAUUUGGUUCAAGUCCCAACAUAGUCAUCGCUUCUGAACGUCACGUUAGCUUCUCAACCAAUCUUAAUAGUCCCGAAUACGCUAACCUUUCAUUCCGACUCCCGAUACGAUACAAUGAUUUCAUUUCGCCAGCAAAACCCAAACAAUAUUAUAAACUUUGGAUUCCACCUUGUAUGCGAUGGAGAUACGUUAAGAUCCGUUUUGAUCGGUUAAAUUUACUUACUCUCCUAGAUCGUAGUUUAACUUUAUUUGAACUAUUUUCUUCAAUAUUUCUAGCCGUUCUGGUUGCUGUUUUGGGCUCGAUAAUUAUUGAGAAAGGUUUUUUCACUGAUCUCUGGUUAUUCAUAUUUUGCUUAGUUAUCUGUUCAUCUCAAUAUACACUUUUGAAAAGUGUCCAACCCGAUGCAGCAUCACCAGCCCAUGGUUAUAAUCGUAUUAUCAUUUACAGUCGUCCAAUUUAUUUUUCAAUUGUUUGCUCAAUAAUUUUACUCUCUCGUUACUAUUUGGAUCACAAUUUAUCUUAUUCGUUAAAAUUUUACGAUUUCAACUUAUUGGAUCCUUCGGUAAUUCGGACCAUUGAAGAAGGAGCCAAAAUGUUUAUCCUCUCAUUUCCAAUCAUCUUUUCGUUUGGACUCUUACCUCAAAUUAAUACCUUUCUCAUGUAUCUUAUGGAGCAAAUUGACAUUCACAUUUUCGGAGGAACCGCUUUCACCAUGGGACUAACGUCAGCCUGUUAUUGUAUCAUUCGAAGUGUUGUAAUUGUCCUAGUUCUUUAUGCAAUUGCUUUAACAUCUUUACUUCGAGUUACCAGUCGACGAAGAGCAGCAAUUGGACUAACAUAUCACGAUUAUGAUGUUCUUUUCUCUGUUUUCUGUGGUCUCCUCGUCUUUUUUGCAUAUUUCAUGAGUCGACAAACCAGUGAUCCAACAGUUGUUUACACUUUGAUUCGUAAAUAUUUAAUAUGUGAUAGACUUUCAUUCAAUCGUCGUUCUAAAAUAAACGGACGUCGAUGUUCAGGCAGUGGAAACAAUAGUUCAACAGAUGAUCCCGAAGGUCGACAAGAAGAAGAAGAAGAAUGUGAUCCCUUUGAAAAAGAAUAUGUAGAUCCACUACCAGGGAAAUUAGAGAAAACAUUGUUAAUUCGUUUGGAAAAUGAUAUAAUUCUUGCAAUUUUGAUGACAAUAAUUUUCUUUGCAAUUCAUGUCAGCACCAUCUUCACUCUUCAACCUUACGUUCAGAUGUCAUUGGGAAUUCUGGCCGUUUCAUGGGGCUUCUUGUUACAUUACAUUUUCACCCAUUUCCGUAAAGAGUUACCUUGGCAAUUUUUUGCCUCACCAAUUUUGAAGCCUAAAGAAUAUGAUCAAUAUGAGGUCAAAGAUGAAGCGCAAUUAAUGUGGUUUGAGAAGUUCCAAUGUUGGCUCGGGUUCAUUGAGAGAAAUGCAAUUUAUCCUUGUGUCUUUCUCAGCAUUCUGACCAAAGAUACCCCAGAGAUAAUCAAUAAAUAUGGUGUUUAUUCGGGAACACUGCUCAUGGUUAUUUGUGCUUUCAAGUCAAUUCGAUCAACUUACAAUGACUCAUCUCAUAAUCAUUUCAUUUUACUCUUCACAUGGUUAACCUUUCAUUACGACCUUUCCUACCUUCGAGAGCCAUUCCUGGUUAAUUAUGCUGUUUUCUCAACAAUUUACCUUAAAUUCACUGAGCUUCUUCUUAAAAUCCGUUUUGUGGUCACUUAUGUUGCUCCCUGGCAAAUUUCGUGGGGCUCAGCUUUCCAUGCAUUUGCUCAACCAUUUUCGGUUCCUCAUUCGGGGAUGCUCUUCAUUCAGGCCAUUCUAUCAUCCAUCUUAUCUUCACCAUUAGAACCUGUUCUGGGAAGUGCUAUUUUCCUUUGCUCUUAUGUAAGGCCAGUUAAAUUCUGGGAAAGGGAUUACAAUACAAAAAGAAUCGAUUAUUCAAAUACUCGUCUGGUCAAUCAAUUGGAACGAAGUAUCAUCGGUAGUGAUGAUAAUAAUUUAAAUUCCAUUUUUUAUGAACAUUUAACUCGAUCUCUCCAACACUCUCUUUUUGGUGAUCUUGCUCUUGGUAGAUGGGGUCAAGUAUCGCAAGGUGAUUGUUUCGUCCUCGCUAGUGAUAAUCUUAAUUGUUUGGUUCAUAUUAUUGAACUGGGAAAUGGUUUAGUUACCUUUCAAGUUCGUGGUCUUGAAUUUAGAGGAACUUACUGUCAACAACGGGAAGUUGAAGCAAUCAGUGAACCGGUCAACGAUGAUGAGGGUUGUUGCUGCUGUGAACCUGGUCAUUUACCGUCAAUGCUUUCAGUAAAUGCCGCGUUUAAUCAACGUUGGUUGGCCUGGGAGGUAACUCAUUCUAAAUAUGUUCUCGAAGGAUACUCAAUCUCGGAUAAUUCAGCAAUCUCUAUGCUUCAACCAUUUGAAUUACGAAAAGCGUUGAUUACUUAUUAUGUCAAGUCUCUUAUUUAUUACACAAUAAUUGGUUCUAAACUGGAAACUUGGCUGCGAAAUGAUGAUAUCCGUGAAACCAUUGAUGGCCUAACAAAUGAUCGUGACUUUGUCGAUUUAGAUCCAAUAUUUAAUCUCUCCGUUGAUGAAGAUUAUGAUUUCCGUGCCUCAGGAAUAAAUCGUGCCAGUUUCUGUCAUGUCUACUUAAAUUGGAUCAAUCAUUGUCUCACCAAGCGAAAAAAUGUGAUCGAAGAUGUUCAAGAUAAAGAAGCCGUUGUCUCUCUUUGUUUCGCUCUUUCGCUUUUAGCUCGUCGAGCCUUGAGCACCGCAUCUCACAAUAAUUCAUUCAAUACAGUUGAAUUCUUACUUUAUGGAUUACACUCGUUGUUCAAAGGUGACUUUAGGAUAACGUCUCCGCGUGACGAAUGGGUUUUCAAAGACAUUGAUUUACUGAAAAAAGUGAUCGCUCCAAGUGUCAGAAUGGCAGUUAAACUUCACGCAGAUCACUUUCUAUCCACAGACGAAUACGAUGAUAAUAUUGUUCUAUGGGCUUCAAUUACCAAUUAUCGUCAAAAUUGGGUCAUUUCCCAUGAGGCCGAUCCUAUUUGGCGAAAUGCUCUCCUAUCCAAUGUAUCCUCUCUUCUGGCCCUACGCCAUGUUUACGAAGAUGGUACCAAUCAAUAUAAAAUCAUUAUGCUCAAUAUUAGACAUCUUAGUUUUCGAGUGAUUAAGGUUAAUCGUGAAUGCGUCCGUGGUCUUUGGGCUGGACAGCAACAAGAAUUAGUUUACCUCCGAAAUCGUAACAAUGAAAGAGGUUCAAUUCAAAAUGCUAAACAAGCGCUAAGAAAUAUAAUAAACUCAUCUUGUGAUCAACCAAUUGGAUAUCCCAUUUAUGUAUCACCUCUAAUUACCUCAUUUGGUGAAACUAAUCCACAAUAUUGUUCAGUUAUUGGUAAACCAUUGAGCUUUCACACCUUUAAAUCGGCUAUUUUAUCGGCCUGGAAUCGUUUCAAGACUCGAUGUCGUGAAGGUUGUUCGUCGGGACAAGCUUGUCAAGAAGAGAUUAAUCAAGAAGAGUUGAUGAUGAGGCCACUCAAUUCAGUUCCAUCAUCUUGUCGGGGUCGACCUAUCCAAGAGCGAUAUCCUUAUGAUUCCCGAAAUCGCGGAGGUGGUCGAAGCAAUCGAAGUGGACAUUUAAAUGACCGAUCGUUCAAUGAAUUUGAACGAUGUCAUCUUUUAACUCGUAUCUCAUGUACGAUCCCAAAUCAAUUGUAUCCGCAAACAGCAUCGGCUCACCAUGUAACCGGACCAGCGACCAUUUUAGAUACAAUUAACCGAUCCAUGUCAACUAAUCGACGACAAAGUUCAUCAACACUGGUCAAUCUCACCGCUUUCCGUCCCACAGAAAAUGUUGAUUGUGAUAAUUUAGAAAUGACUUCAUUCACCUCAAGAGGUUCAAUUGGUAAUUCAAGUAUCAACAGUAACAAUUAUAGUCAUAAUAACAGUUUAAGUAGUAAUAAUAAUAUUAUCGUUAAUCAAUCAAAUAAUGUUAAUAGUGUAAUUAUUAAUAAUAACGUUGUUAAUAACGAUUUGGUUAUUAGCAACGAUCAACAAUUAACCCAAUCAAUUGACACUAGUUCAAUCUCAUCUACGACAACAGUCAAUUCAACAACAACAACAACAACAACACCAACUACAACUGUUAUCACUUCAACCGUUGCUGGACCUUUAUCAUUAUCUUCAUCUUCAUCAUCUCUACCAUCAUCAUCUUCUCCUCCCCCUUUGUCGUCAUCCUCAUCAUCGACAACAUCAUCACCUUCAUCUUCACCCUCAACGGUGACUGCAGUGACUUCAUCUUCUUCUUCAUCCUCAUCAUCACCUUCACCGACAUCAUCAACUCAUCUACAUCAUCGUUCUCGACCGGAAUUGGUUUGAAUGGAUAAACAAUUAAUCUCUCAUAAUCUUAAUCAUCUUCUUUUCUCUCUCAACUUUUAAUUUCUAUAUUUAUAUAUUAGAUUUUUGUGAGUUUGUAUUAUUUCCUCUUUCUUUUCUUUCUAUAUUUACAUUCACACAAAUUAAUGAUGUUGAUGAUUAAUAUUAAUUUUUCAUCUUCUUUCAUCUUUUCAUGAGAUUUUUGUUAUAAGUUAAUCAAGUUGAGAGGGAGAAACAAAUUAUGAUUAGAUGAGUUGGAUAAAGUAAAUACACCGAUUGCUUAAUUAUUUACAAUUAAAGCAUAAUGAUUACACACCUAAACCACACAAUUGGUUGGAAUUGUAAAGACAAAAAAUUAGUAGAUUGUUCAAAUUAAUUUAUGUUAAAACACACAAAACAAAGUUAAUCAAAAAAGCAAAACAAUACGUCCAAACCUGCCAUAAAUAAAAGCGCUAAUUAAUAAAUUGAUAACUUUGAUUUGAUGAACAA